AUGAAUCCGUUUGACGAAAUUGCACGUACAAGUCCGGAAUUAAUCGAUACGUUAUAUCAGCAGUAUUUGAACGACCCCAACAGCGUUGAUGCAACGUGGGCAGCUAUUUUUGCUGGAUAUGAUUUUGCUAAUCAACCCCGUGAAUUCAAAAAAACAGUAGACCAUGAUUACCAAACAAAUAGUGUCUCUCAUUUAAUUCAUACAUAUAGAGAUUUGGGGCAUAUGAUUGCAAAUCUAGACCCACUUGGAACAAGCUCCCGAGAGCACCCCUUAUUAGAUCUAUCAGAAUUUGGUUUUACAGAAUCAGACUUGGCACAAGAGCUAGAGUCUUGUGCCUUUGGAGGGACUCCCCAAUCAACAUUAGAUGAUUUAAUUUCUGCUCUACGUGAUACGUAUUGUCAUACAAUUGGUGUUGAGUUUAUCGGUGUUCGUGAUAAAGAACAGCGACAGUGGUUGCAAGAACAAAUGGAACCUUGUCAUAACCGUCCUGGGCUUGACGCAGAACAGCAGCAAGUCUUAUUAAAGCGACUUAUCCAGGCAGAAAGUUUUGAACAAUUUAUCCAUAAAAAAUAUGUUGGUGCAAAACGGUUUAGUUUAGAAGGUGCAGAGGUCUUAGUCCCCCUACUAGAUGCUAUUACUGAAGUUGUGAGUAUUGGUGGAGCAAAAGAGCUCGUUAUAGGUAUGCCACAUCGUGGCCGCCUUAAUGUCCUAACACAUCUUCUUCGUAAACCUUAUACAAGAAUGUUAGCCGAGUUUGAAGGCGUCUUUUUUCCUGCUGAUAUGUUGGGUGCCGGUGACGUCAAGUAUCACCUUGGUUAUUCUCAUGACCAUGUCACCAAUAGUGGUAACAAAUUACAUUUAUCUCUUUGUUAUAACCCAAGCCAUCUUGAAAUUAUUAAUCCUAUCGUCCAAGGUAUGGUGCGAGCGAAACAAGAUGCUAGUCAAGAUCAAGAACGACGCCAAGUUGUACCUGUCUUACUACAUGGAGAUGCUGCAUUUGCUGGCCAAGGAAUUGUCUACGAAACAUUAAUGUUUUCUGAUAUUGAUGGAUAUUCAACAGGUGGAACGAUUCAUAUUAUUGUAAAUAACCAGAUUGGAUUUACAACAAAUCCAGAUGAAUAUCGUUCUACACCUUAUGCUUCUGACCUUGCAAAAGUUAUUCAAGCACCAGUUUUUCAUGUCAAUGCAGAUGAUCCAGAAGCUGUUGUCCAAGUCGCUUGUCUGGCAGCAGGGUUCCGGCAACGCUUUUGUAAAGAUGUCUUUAUCGAUCUAAUCUGCUACCGCAGAUAUGGUCAUAACGAGCUUGAUGAUCCUACAUACACUCAGCCUCAGGUGUACUCAAAAAUAAAACAGCAUCCAACGAUUACAUCAUCUUAUGGUCAAAAAUUAGUUACAGAUGGUGUUUUGAGUACAUCUGAAAUCGAUAAUAUGCAAAAUGAAAUUCAAACAGAAUUAGAUAAAGCAUAUCAAGAUGCUAAAACGUAUCAGCCAAAUACAGAGAUGCAGGCAUUUGGUGGUCUCUGGGCAGGACUGUCUGCUGAGGCUACAGAUUGGACAGCAAUAACCCGUAUUAAUCCAGAGACCAUUACAAAAAUUACACAGGCUUUAAUAAAAAUUCCAGAAGAAUUUACACCCCAUAAGCGUAUUACAACAUUUCUGCAGCAACUUGAGAAAAUGUAUACAAAAGGUCAAUCUUUAAAUUGGGCUGCAGGUGAAUUACUAACCUAUGGGUCUUUAUUACUUGAAGGUAUUCCCGUCCGGCUUUCGGGGCAAGAUAGUGCUCGAGGUACCUUUUCACAUCGUCAUGCGGUCUUACAUGAUGCCAAUGAUAAUAAUCACUAUAUUCCACUCAACCAUAUAUCCUCUGAACAAGCAUCAUUUGAGGUCUUAAAUAGCCCCUUGAAUGAGGCAGGUGUUUUAGGAUUUGAAUAUGGCUUUGCAAGUGUUAAUCCAAAACAGUUAAUUAUCUGGGAAGCUCAAUUUGGCGAUUUUGCAAAUGGCGCUCAGGUAGUUGUAGAUCAAUUUAUUGCUUCUAGCGAGUCAAAGUGGCGUCGUGGUAAUGGAAUUGUAUUGUUAUUACCUCAUGGUUGUGAAGGUCAAGGUCCAGAACAUUCAAGUGCACGACCAGAACGUUAUUUACAACUUUGUGCCGAGCAGAAUAUGCAAGUUGUCAACUGUACAACACCUGCACAAUUUUUUCAUGUUUUAAGAAGACAAGUAAAGCGCCAAUUUCGUAAACCAUUAAUUGUUUUAAGUCCUAAAAGUUUACUAAGACAUCCCCAGGCUAUUUCAUCACUGGAUGACUUUACACAGUCAGAUUUUCAGAAUGUAAUUGAUGAUAUAGAGAUAACUGAUAAACGUCGUGUCAAGCGUAUCGUCUUAUGUUCAGGAAAAAUAUACUAUGCAUUACAACGUUACCGUGAAGCUGCAGGACGUGAUGAUGUUGCUCUUAUCCGGUUAGAGCAAAUGUAUCCUUUUCCUACAGAAGAGUUAAUGGCUCUUUGUGCUAGUUACGAAGCUGCUGAAGAUGUUUGUUGGGUACAAGAAGAACCUCGAAAUCAAGGUGCUUGGCAUUUUGUUGCAGAGCGUUUAGCAUCUUUAUUGGGAGAAACGCAAAUAUUACGUUAUAUUGGGCGUCCCGAAUCAGCUAGUCCCGCAAGCGGGAACUAUAACGUUCAUAAAAAAGAAGAGGAAGACCUAUUACGUAGUGCUUUCCUAAUGUCCGAACAACGUCCUGCUCGUUUAAGCCCUUGGGGUAUGGCUAAAGUAUUAGAAUAA